AUGUGGGCAAUCAAGAAGCUUAACCUUGAUCUUGAUAAGGCCGGUGAGAAUCAUUUUGUCCAAUUGAAUAAGUUGGAAGAAUUGCAAAAUGAUACCUAUGAUAAUGCUAAAAUCUAUAAGGAAAGGACUAACGCUUUUCAUGAUAAACAUAUUAUGAAGAAGUCCUUUGAGCCCGGCCAAAAAGCAUGGCUUUUCAACUCCAGACUGAAGUUCUUUCUAGGGAAACUUCGCACUAAAUGGGAAGGCCCUUAUAAGAUCAUUUAUGUUUCCCCCCAUGGGGAGGUUGAAAUCAAGAGCCUAAAAGAUGAGAAAACUUUUAAAGUAAAUGGUCAAAGAUUGAAGCCCUAUAUUGAAGGACAAGCUUUUCAAAGAGAUGUGGAAGAUGCCCUCUUGGUGGAUCCCAUCUAUCUUGAUGAUUAA